AUGAAGUCUAUGUUACGCAACCCCCCAGGAUUUGUAGAUCAAGACCGACCUCAUUAUGUGUGUCGACUACACAAGGCGCUUUAUGGUCUCAAACAAGAACCUCGCGCUUGGUAUCAAGAGCUUCGUCGGUAUCUGCUUACGCUUGGCUUUGUCAACUUUGUUGCCGAUACGUCUCUCUUUACAUACCGACAACAUGGUGCUAUCAUUUAUGUUCUCGUUUAUGUCGAUGAUAUGCUCAUUACUGGGACCAACACCGCCUAUGUCACAAUCUUUAUUCAUACUUUGGCAGCUCGCUUCUCUCUCAAAGACCUUGGCGAAAUGAGCUACUGCCUAGGCCUUGAAGCUACAAGAACUUCGAAGGGUCUUCAUCUCAUGCAAAAGAGGUACAUUAUUGAUUUACUGGCUAAAACUAAUAUGUUGAACUCACAACCUGUCUCCAAUCCAAUGUCCCCGACACCGGCUCUCACACUCAACUCGGGAACACCACAUCACAACCCCACCGAAUACCGGACUGUUCUUGGUAGCCUCCAGUACCUCUCCUUCACGCGUCCCGACAUAGCUUAUGCUGUCAAUCGACUAUCUCAGUUUAUGCAUGCUCCCACUGAUCUCCAUUGGCAAGCUGCUAAACGCAUCCUUCGAUACUUAGCGGAAACAUCUUCUCAUGGCAUCUUUAUUCGUGCUGACACUCCUCUCACACUUCAUGCAUACUCGGAUGUCGAUUGGUCUCGGAACCUUGACAACUGUGUCUCCACCAAUGCAUAUAUCUUAUAUCUUGGAGGCAACCCAAUCUCAUGGUCAUCGAAGAAACAACGGAGUGUCUCGCUAUCGUCAACGGAAGCAGAGUAUCGAGUCGUCGCCAACACUGCGUCUGAGGUAAGUUGGGUCUGCUCUCUUCUUACCAAACUUGGCAUCUCUCUCCCUGCACCACCGGUGAUAUACUGUGACAACGUCAGUGCUACAUAUCUCUCGGCCAACCCUGUCUUUCACUCUCGCAUGAAACACGUUGCCAUUGACUUUCAUUUUGUCCGCGAGUAUGUUCAGUCCGAUGCUCUCCGUGUAACUCAUGUCUCCACACACGAUCAACUUGCUGAUGCAUUGACCAAGCUUCUCCCUCGUCCUCAAUUUGUAAAUUGCUUAUCCAAGAUUGGAGUAACUGAAACUCCUCCAUCUUGA